AUGUCCCCUCUCACACACACAGCCAGAACUGAUCCGAUAACACACAAAUAUCCCGAAUUUUCGGGACUUCCGACGGUCAGUAUCAUGAGACAAUACAACGAACGAUGGGUCCAUCGAAAUCCGAUACUUCACACCUAUGAAGAACCGAUGCAAGUGACCAGGAACCAAGAGCCCGCUCAAAAAAAAACUGGCAUGAUCAUUCAGACCGAUACAGGUCAAGGAGCAAAAUUCAAACAAAAUUGGCCUACCAUUCCAAGUUGGACACUAGAGAGAGCGGCCAAGAUGAGCCAAUCAGACUGUCAAUCGAUCAACCGAAACCUACACGGAUACGCGACAAGUGGGGGAGAGCGGCUUGCCCCACAUGGCGUGCGUGGAAGAGGCUGGUACAAUCCCAGAGACACCGCGCACCGGAAUCCAAUCACCGGAGAGGGAAUGAAGCCUGAGGACUACCUGGAUACAUUCAGUUUACCGAGAGACUAUCGAGUUCGAGUCGAAAGAACGAAUGAGAGUAUACAACAACACGAAAAGAAUAAGGCAAGAAGCAGAGCAAGUGGACAAGAACCGACGAAAGGAAGUAAGGAGAAAGCGGUAAAUUUGGAGAGGCCAGAAGUUAAAAAGGUUAUCAGACCCAAAAAGGCUUCUGUCCCAAGUGAAACGGUCAAUCAUGAGCUAGAAAACACGGGACAACGGAACUCAGUCGAUAUAAAUGUCGCAGCGACGAAAGACGAAUUAGAUGACGAAAAGGAUGAGAUGAAAACGAAUGGCUCGCCAAAGAAGGUGAACGGGGAAAUCGAGACGAUGGAGACUGAAGAUGUGAAAAGCGAAAAACCACACUCCGAGAACGGUCUCACAGAGGAGAAAGUAUUAGACGUUCAAGACACCGUAGCACCUGUUGCGGAGGAUGAAAAUAAAGAUGAUACAAAAGAAAGUGUUGAAUAAGAUUCUUAUAAAUUAACGUGUUCAUUUGUUUUCCACUGAAAGGUAGCCUACACUAGAGGCGCUUUAGAAUUUCACGAGGUCUGAUAAAGCUAA